GGAGACAGACUCCAGAGUCCACCUUGGGUACUCCCAGCCAUUUGGGGAUGCUGUAGACAGCCAGCAAUGACUGCCUCCUGGGAAGUGUGCAAACUUCAGAUGCAAGUUGCUUGAGGAUUUGCCCCGAGGCUGGAAGAGCAAGAAGAGCUGCUGGAAGAGGAAGAAGAGGGGAGGGCUGGUCAUGUCUGAGACUCUGCCCAGCCUCGAUGUUGAGACCCCUGCCCCAGGUUGCAGCCUGGGGACCUUGUACUGGGCCUGUGUCCGCAAUGACCCUGCCCAGCUCCAGGCCCUGCUGGAUGGUGGAGUCUCCCCAGAGGAUGCCGCCCAGGUGGACAGCAAUGGAAGGACAGGCCUGAUGGUUGCCUGUUACCAUGGAUUCACUGGUGUUGUGGCCCUGCUCAACCACUGCCCAUUCCUCGAUGUGAACCAGCAGGACAAAGAAGGGGACACAGCCCUCAUGCUGGCUGCCCAAGCAGGCCAUGCAUCUCUGGUGAGUUUCUUGCUCAACUACUAUGCGGGCCUGGACCUGGAGCGCAGGGACCAAAGAGGGCUCACAGCGCUGAUGAAGGCCGCCAUUCGGGACCGCUCUGAAUGUGUGGCUGCUCUCCUCAUGGCAGGAGCUGACCUGACAGCAGUGGAUCCAGUUCGAGGCAAGACAGCCCUGGAGUGGGCUGUGCUGACUGACAGCUUCAACGUGGUGCGAAGGAUCCGGCAGCUACUGCAGCGGCCGAAAGUGGAGCAACUCAGUCUGUGUUCCCAACCCAAGUGGCCAACCUUGCCCAGGGUCAUGGCCCAGACUCCUCGUCAGGCCACCCCAUCUCUCCUAGAGCGACUACUGGACACCCUGAAUCUCUCCUUUGUCCAGUCUCCUCAGGAGGGGGGUGUCCUGGACCACCUCGUGACCAUCACAACCGGCUUGGCCAGUCCUUUUCUCACCACUGCCUGCCACAACCUAUGCCCGGACCACCUGCCUACAUUGGGCAGCCGAAGCAAGUCUGUGCCAGAACUGUUGGGCACUGCCCCACCCUCUCCCCCAGCCCCCCAUCCUCCCCAGGAAGUCCCUGGUGUCCAGGUCCUCAUCCCUUACCAGAGCCCUCAGGGUGUGUUGGGCAUAUGUUGUCAGUGGCUCCAGUGCAGGGACAGUACCAGCCCCACGCUCCAAACCCCCAAGAUCCUUCUCUCCACGGUACCCUCUACACCCAGGCAGUCCAAGCCAGAGCCCAGACCCAGAGGGCAUCGAAAUCUGGCCCUUCCUGUCUGGCAAUACCAGGAGCUCCGGAUGGAGAGGAGAAGGCAGGAGGAGGAAGAGGAGACCAGGCAGGCUCAGAAUAAGGGGGAAAUGGACUAGAGCAGGCUGGGAGCAGGUAGUUGGGCUCUCCUUAAACUUCUUUGCUCUCUAAAACCUGUGUCAGCCCCCCCAUCCCCUUCUGUCUAAGUAAAUCUGCUUUCAACCUAUGUAGGAGCCUAUUAAUACAACAUGGCUUGCAGUAAUCAAAGAGUGGAAACAACCAAAGUGUACAUCAGUUGAGAAUGGACUAAAUUGAUUCUGGGUGUGAUUACUGUAUAUCCAUACAAUGUAUUCUAUACAAUAGUAAAACUUAAGUAAGGAAACUC